CUGUGUGCGAAUCUCCUUCUUUCCUUUUUCCGUCCUUUUUCCGUCCGUUUUUCUUCUAUUCCACAGGAUGUGGCAGUCAAAGCUAUCCACUUAUUCAUACGAGACGAAACGGAGUAUGGCCUCGGGCACGCCAAACUCCUCCAACUCCUAAAGUACUGUCUCAAGACGUACUUUACCUUAAACGGAACUACCUACGAGCAGGUGAAGGGCACGCCCAUGGUUUCAUCCAAUUCCCGACUCAUAGCUGAGGUGGUCCUGCAACGGUUGGGACGCUGGUUUUCAACACCACAGACCGAAAUUCUGGGCUUGGUAUGUAGACGACAUCUUCGCCGCAAUUGA